GCAAUGUCCUCACCAGGAUGCCCCUCCAUGAAGGCAGCCCACUGGGGGAGCUCCAUCGCUGUGUCCGAGAUGGUGUCAGAAUUAACGUCCACAUCCGCACUUUCAAAGGGCUUCGUGGAGUCUGCACGGGGUUUUUGGUUGCAUUUGACAAAUUCUGGAAUAUGGCCCUGACAGAUGUGGAUGAGACUUACAGGAAACCAGUAAUGGGCAAAGCUUUCUAUGCAGAACCUCAACUCUCACUGACCCGACUGUUUGACAGACUCAAGCUGCAGGAAUCCUCGGGGAAGAAGGGAGCUGACUCAAAGACUGUCUCAGAGGAGCUGGCCCUGACAAAUGACUCUCAGACGCUGAGUUUGAGAGCUGGAUCUGGACGAGGGAGAGCAGAAGAGGAGCAUGAGAGGCAGAAACACUCGGGCAGAGCUGGAGAGAAGAAGACCCCAGGUGACAGAAGUGAAGCUGAUGUGGGCAGCAGGACUGCCCACACAGAGGGGGCCCGAGCGAGGAGCCAGUCCCGGAGGAGGAAGCGGCCCAAGGUUUUUGCUCCCAGCCCUUCCUCUCUUGCUACAGUGGUGCUAUGAGCACAAACACACCAAAGUCUUUGUGCUAAGGAAUGAAGAGUAAGAAGCAGAGAGCAACAUGAGAGUGAAAAAACUUUGGGCAGAUAUGAAAACCUCCCUGGAAAGGAUCCACAGGUUGCCACCUGUCCUGUAUUUCUAGAACUUUGCUCAGCCUGGUGCUUAGCAGUGGUUCUUAAAGUGUGUUUGGGGUGAGGUUCCCAGUUACUGCAGGGAGCAGUUUUCUGCAAUAACUUUGAAGAAGCAUUGGGAUAAUUUGAGAAAGUUUUAAAAUAAUUUCUCAUUUCUGGGAUUAUUUCUUAGGAAAUGUUUUUGCACAGGUGCUUCAUUUUUAUCGAACACUUCUUAGGCUGUGGUAGUAGAAAAGGUAAAGCCAAAUGGGGAAAGAAGCUUAUAAAAAAGUGUGGGUUUGGUUCCUUCUCUCAACUGACUUGCCCAGCUUGUUAAUUGCCUGGAAAGUUUUUUUCUGACCUAGAGUGAAGUACUUAGCAUGUCCUUCGCAGGUGAUUACUGAAUUAAUCAGUGAGUGCUGUUUUCCAUCUGCAUCUUCUCCCUUAGUGUUUGGAUUCAUUGUUUCUUUUGUGGCAUUCCCUCAGCAGGAACAGGCCUGAGUGCCCACUGGUUUUUACCCUUCCCUAAGGAAUGUUACCCCAUCCAAUUUUGAAUCCAGAGAGACUUUGGCUAUUCUUGAUUUUCAUACUGUUCUCUUUAGA